UUGCAGUAGGUUUGAAUGAGUAGUAAUAUAGUUGCAGUUGGUUUAUCCAACAAUCUGGCAGUGGACGUCAUCAUCAUCAUGUUCAUAUAUAUUGAAAAGGUCCUAACUAAGCAUGCAACAUUUGUGAGAGAGAGAAAGAUGAAGAAUAAGUUGGUGGUGGCAGCGGUGGGUGUGAUAGUAGUAGCAGCAAGCCUAGUGUUAGAAGGAUGCGAGUGCAGGACAGUGCAAUUCAUAUUUGGGGACUCACUGUCGGAUGUUGGAAACAACAAGUACCUGUCCAAGAGCCUCGCUCAGGCUAGCUUGCCGUGGUACGGCAUUGAUUUCGGAAACGGGCUCCCGAAUGGCAGGUUCUCCAAUGGGCGCACUGUUGCCGAUAUCAUUGGGGAUCAAAUGGGCCUUCCAAGGCCUCCUCCUUUCUUGGACCCAUCCUUGACUGAAGAUGAUAUUUUGCACAAUGGCCUCAAUUAUGCUUCUGGAGGGGGCGGCAUUUUGAAUGACACAGGCACCUAUUUUAUUCAGAGGUUCUCUCUCUACAAACAAAUUGAGCUGUUCGAGGGGACACAAGAACUAAUAAGAGAGAAAAUCGGGAAAGAGGAGGCAGACAAGUUUUUCAAGGAAGCAAGGUAUGUGGUUGCACUGGGCAGCAAUGACUUCAUAAACAACUACUUGAUGCCCGUAUACAGGGACUCAUGGACUUACAAUGAUGACACCUUCAUACAAUACCUGAUACAAACACUGAGAGCCCAACUCACGGCUCUGCACGCAUUGGGUGCAAGGCAGCUGAUGGUCUUUGGGCUGGGCCCAAUGGGCUGCAUCCCCCUUCAGAGGGUGCUUUCGUCCUCCGCCUCCGGGGGCUGCCAACACAGAACCAACACCCUGGCCCUUAGCUUCAACAAAGCUGCAGCCAAAUUGAUGGACGACUUGGGGAAACAACUUGCCAAUUCAAGCUUCAGAUUUGGAGAUGCUUACGAUGUUGUCAGCGAUGUCAUUUCCAACCCAAACAAGUAUGGUUUUGAAAACUCAGAUUCACCUUGUUGCUCAUUUGGGAGGAUACGACCCGCUCUCACCUGUUUACCAGCUUCAAGGCUCUGCAAAGACAGAAGCAAGUACGUAUUCUGGGAUGAGUACCACCCCACAGACAGUGCUAACCAGCUCAUAGCCAAUGAGCUUAUCAACAACUUCAACAAAGAUGACUAACUGUAAGAGAAACAGCUUAUCGCAUUAGGAAUCAGCUUUAAUUACUGCAACGUGGAUCUCUUUGAUAUGAUUGAUUGAGUAAAGGUCCAGAAAUAGAUGUCUAAAUCAGGAUCGAGGUUUUGUUACUGCCUUACGGGUGUAUUAUUGUGUGCUCAUCUAAUAUUAUGUAUUUGGCAAAGACGUUGGGAGGAGAGAAGCACGUUUGAGCUUCUUGAAAACUUCACUUUUAUGUUUAAUUAUUUUUAUCUUCCUAAA